AUGAUCAUCCCUGUCGCCUCGAGAUCCGACGCAAAUAUCGUCUCCUCUUCAUCUUCGUCAACCGAUCCUGUAGCCGCCGACUUCACCGGCCCGGCCUCCGGCACCCCCAGCACCCAGACACUCAUCAUCAUCUCCACGGUCCUCGGGACCGCUUUUUUCCUCGCCAUCGCCAUCGCCGCAUAUUUCAUCAUCGCACGCCGCCGAAAAAGACAGUUUGCUGAGGACUACAAAAAUGCCUGCCUGCGCGACCCGGAUCUCACGUGGGAGGAGUAUACGCGGCGGACGAAGCUGAGCCAGUCGCGCAUCAUGCUGGCCGAGGAAGAGUUGAGGAACACAAUUAUCCGCAAGUCACUUCAGAACCGGACGUCCAUCACCAUAAAUCCAGUUGAUUCUUGCAGUUCCGACAUGGACACGCCCGUCUCGCCGCCCGCUCGCACGCGCUCCAGGACAUGGCAUGGUCGCAACAGAUCGAAGACAAGCAUUGAGGCCGAAGAGGGCGAGGGUUUGUUAAUGUCUGUUCGCGGCGACUGGACAGAACAUGAAGCCCGCGUUGAGAGAACGUGGCAACUGCUUCACAAGAAGUACCCGACACGCCGGGUGACAUUGCCUGUCGAAGAGGAGUCAGGUGGGCCUAUUCGCCCGCCUACUAUACGGCUGAAGACGCCGCCUCUUCUUUCGCAUCCCAUGUUUCGAGGUUGGAACGCCGAAGGCCCGGUGAGGCAUUCCAGCCUUCCGACUGAGCUGGCCAAGGUCAAGCCUGCACCGAUCUGA